AAUAAUUCUCCUUCUUUUUCUCCUUAGAUUCUCUCCUCUUUUCCGUUUCUCUCCACUCGUUGUCUCCAUUUUUCAUCAGUCUUUAUUAUUUCGUGUUCAAUAAAUUCGACUAAAUAAGACCUACAACUUGAAACCCUAGCUUCUGCUCUGAAGUUUUCCAUAUUCUCUUUUCGUUGUCACGCAGGUGGUGACAAUGUCGACUCCUGCGAGGAAGAGACUAAUGAGGGAUUUUAAGAGGUUGCAACAAGAUCCGCCAGCAGGAAUCAGUGGGGCACCCCAAGACAACAAUAUUAUGCUCUGGAAUGCUGUAAUAUUUGGUCCUGAUGAUACUCCAUGGGAUGGAGGCACAUUCAAGUUGACUCUUCAGUUUUCAGAGGAUUAUCCAAACAAACCCCCAACAGUUCGAUUUGUUUCUCGAAUGUUUCAUCCAAAUAUUUAUGCUGAUGGAAGUAUUUGUUUGGAUAUUUUACAAAAUCAAUGGAGCCCUAUAUAUGACGUAGCUGCUAUACUGACAUCUAUCCAGUCAUUGCUCUGUGAUCCCAAUCCAAAUUCCCCUGCAAAUUCUGAAGCUGCUCGGAUGUUUAGUGAGAACAAGCGUGAAUACAACCGAAGAGUAAGGGAAAUAGUGGAGCAGAGCUGGACUGCAGACUAGCUCUUCUUUGGUCAGGGUAAUUCGAGUUUGAAGGUUUUAGGACAUGCUUUAUGGACAUGGCCAUCUCAUUAUCCAACUUCAGGAGUUGUUGAAUUUUAUUCUGUAUUUCUCAUGUCAAACUUUCAUAUAUGAACUUUAGAGCUAUUCGCUCCAUAUUACGCUACUACUUUUCAGAGUGUGUUGUCUUCAAUCAUUUGUAAAAUAGAAGUUUAUGAAUCAAUAUGCAUUAAAUUUCUAUCAA